CUUGUUGGGGUUACAGAGUCCGUACCUUGUGGUUACUGGAAAUCGAGAAAGGAAGAGCCGGAGAGGGGGCUUCUGUGUAGGGUGUGAUGACGACUCGAAUAGCGCCCGGUGUAGGGGCAAACUUGCUGGGUCAACACUCCGCAGAGAGGAAUCAAGAUGCGACUGCUUAUGUUGGCAAUCUCGACCCCCAGGUGUCCGAGGAGUUACUAUGGGAGCUAUUUGUUCAGGCAGGUCCAGUUGUUAAUGUCUAUGUUCCCAAAGACAGAGUGACUAACCAACAUCAAGGUUAUGGUUUUGUUGAAUUCCGGAGCGAAGAAGAUGCUGACUAUGCCAUCAAGGUUCUUAAUAUGAUUAAGCUUUAUGGAAAACCAAUACGUGUAAAUAAGGCUUCCCAAGACAAAAAGAGCUUGGAUGUGGGAGCAAACCUUUUCAUUGGAAACCUUGAUCCUGAUGUGGAUGAGAAACUCUUGUAUGAUACGUUUAGUGCCUUUGGAGUAAUUGUUACUAAUCCCAAGAUCAUGAGAGAUCCUGAAACAGGAAAUUCCCGUGGAUUUGGUUUCAUUAGCUACGAUUCAUUUGAGGCAUCUGAUUCAGCUAUUGAGGCAAUGAAUGGACAAUAUCUUUGCAAUCGUCAAAUAACAGUGUCUUAUGCAUACAAGAAAGACACCAAAGGGGAAAGGCACGGCACUCCAGCAGAAAGAGUUCUGGCUGCCAGCAAUCCAAGCGCCCAGAAAAGCAGGCCUCACACUUUGUUUGCCAGCGGACCUCCAACACUGCCCAAUGUUCCUCAGGCUAAUGGUGCCAUCGCUGCUCAGCCUCCUCGUCCCUAUGCUAAUGGAGUUGCUCCCCCUGCUAUUCCCGCUCUUCGACCGCCACCUCCUCAAGCUGCACCAUUUCCACCUAUGCCAGUAGCCCCUCAACAAGCAUGGCAUCAGCAGCAACCAGGUCAAUCAAUUCCACCGCCUGUAAUGCCUCCGCCUCCAAUCCAGCAGCAGUUCAGGCCACCUCACUCGAGUAUGCCGCCCCCUCCUCCUCCGCAAGCCAUACCAGCUCCCCCAAGGCCUCUUCCACCACCAGCUGCAAUGACAGGCCAGCAACCUGUUUGGCGUCCACCGCCGCCUCCUCCACCACAGCAACAGGGCAUGCGGCCCCCUUCAUUUCCUCAAUCCUCCAUGCAGCCGCCGCCUCCUCCGAGUUGAAGAGAUUCUGCCCUUCGGGAAUUCUCAUUCUAUUGGUUUGGAAGUUCUCCUUCUAGAUUUAUUAGUUGUAGGAUGUUAUGUUCCUCGACUACUGCGGGGAAGAAUGAUCGCACAAUAGAAGACAGUAUGAUUUUUGGUUUAUUACAUAUAAUAUAAUGUAUUUCUCAUGCUUCGGUUUCAAA